UUCGUUGCAGCUGUAGGUUGCUGGUGAAUCAUUUAGCACAAUGCUUUCUUCUUUGAUUCUGUGCCUUAUCGUAAUGACGUUUUCACGUCAGACGACAGCGUCGCAUUUUCGCGGCGGGAUCAUCACUUGGAAGCCAGGUGGAAAUAAUUCGAACAAGGUGCUUUUUAACUUUCGGCUGGGUUUCCGAAGAUCCUAUUCCUAUUCAUAUUACUGCGACAGCUCGAUGGUCGCGAGCCAAAGCAUUGUAGGAAGUGGAGACAGCUGGAGAGCAAGUCACGACAAAGGAUAUUAUUCAAGCUUUACAGUGGCAAGCACGGGAUAUCACUGCACCGAUUUCAGUGUUCAGGAGGACUGGACACAAGGGGAGAACAGUUUUGAGUAUACUUUCUGGAAUGAAGGACCCUGGCUGAUAAGUUAUUCAAGUUGCUGUUGGAUCUCAUUAGCGAAUGGAGGCAAUGGAGACUGGCUUCUCUCGACCACUGUCAACCUGACAAGGCGGCAGGAUAGCGGAAAAAUCAACUCAUCUCCGAUCUCAGCAAUAUCUCCCAUCGUUCGACACCAGCAAGGCUGUCCAAAAACAAUUACUAUUCCCGCCGAGGACUCGGAUGGUGAUAAAGUUCGCUGUCGAUGGUCGAAUGGCUCUCGAAGAGAGUGUGGUGGUGUAUGUCAUAGCUUUCAAGGUGGCACUUUAGACGAAGAGAAAUGCACUUUGAGUCUCCAUAGCAAUAUAGCUCUCGGUUGGCAUGCAGUGGCUAUUACCUUAGAAGACUACCCAGCUUCAACGACCAACUUCCAAAGCGCCACUCCAUACAGUCACGUUAGCCUGCAGUUUCUUGUACACGUGAGUCCAUCUUCCGGGCCGUGUAAUAGGGCUCCAGUCUUAAUAGGCCAAAGUCCAAACGACGGAUCUUGCGAGGAAGUGUCAAAUGGAAACACAUUCAACAGCGUUAUUGAAGCAAAACAUAUCGACUCCUCCAGAAGCAUUGCAGAGAUUAUCACUGUCACACCACUUUAUAUGGUUAUUUCUGGCCUCCUGAAUUACACUGAUUCGAUCGGGGACACAGUAUUCUACAGGAACGUGUCGUGGAAUCCGCGAUUAUCUCAGAAAGGACGACAUAUCUUUUGUUUCAAGGCAGUUGACAAGUUCGGAAUUGAAAGCAAGCAAAGAUGUAUCACCAUUAUCGUCGGAUCAAACAACACUCCAAAUCCGUUAUUGUACUCCCGUGUUCCUGUGGUUCCUCGUUUGUCAUGGCCGUGGUGGUUUGGAUUUGUGGACUUUAACAUAACGUUUGACCAACAGAUCAAAAGACCACGUCAUUCCAAGUUUAUAAGGAUCGUCUUGGAAGAUCACGUGAUAUACAAACUUGACACACGCUCUUCGAGUGAAGUCACCGUUGAUAAAUUCAGCCUUAAAUUCCGCCUGCCGCAAGUUGUUCUCAGCAUGCGAGGAAAUUAUUCUAUCACCAUGGACCGUGGUGUUGUCGUGGGCCUCGGUUGUACAUCGGAUGGUCCACCCUCACCAGGCUUCAGCUCGUUGAAAGACUGGCCAUUUGAUGUUGGAGUUUGUUCUAAGGGCACUUACAUGGGUCAGAAUAAUCAGUGUAGUGACGUAAAUGAAUGUUCGAAGGCGCCGUCCAUUCUGAGUCGCAAGAAAAGAAAUCCUUGGCCUUGGUAUUGGUACUAUUACACUUCUGCGCAAGCCAUAGCAUCAAGUAUACCCACUACUAGUUUUUCACCGACGCCAGCUUUUGCAGUUGCUGUUACUUCGUCGAUUUCUGGUGCCUGUUCAUAUUACUUAAACCAACGAAAUGGUCAAUUUACAAGUCCAGGCCAUCCUUCCCCUUACUCAAAUAAUCAGCAUUGCACCUGGUUAAUUGAGGCCCCAUAUGGCUACUACAUAUAUCUACAAUUUGGAUCAUUUUAUCUGGAGAGAGGCUACGACUGGGUCGAAAUAUUUGAUGGGAGCUCAGCAUACAGUACUAGAAUUAAAAGGGAGAGCGACCGUCGGCCAUCUUGGGAAGUGUGUAGCAGUGGAAGGUUUCUUUUUGUGAAGUUCACUUCAGACGGGAGUGUUACGCAUUCAGGCUUUUCAGCUACUUACCGGGUUGUACCACGUGUUUCCAACGUUCACCAAGUCUAUGCUUCAACUGUUCUUGGAUCGUGUUAUGGAAGCAGCCUCAUAUCCUCUCCACCGCCCACACGUGCGAUAUCUCCAACCAGGUCGUCUGGUCAUAUUCCAUGGACCGUGUCCGCCAAUGAGUGCACGAGUCACUACUUUUUGGAGGAUUUUGGAAGAUCAGUUAACUAUGUCGGGAAUGUCACAUGCGACAGCGGCCUUGCCCAUGGCUGGUACAGAUUUCGCGGUGCAGCAGGAACUCAAAUGUCCACCUACUGUGUGGGAAAGUACCAUUGUGGAACGCAUGCGCCUGGCUGGCUGAGAGGUGCGCACCCUUCCGUAGCUGACGGGAUUAUCCGUGCGUUGGUGUGCUUCCACUGGGGGUCGCAAUGUUGUCGGUGGUCCACGAUCAUCCGCGUGCGCAACUGUGGUGGAUUUUAUGUCUACGAACUAAGACGACCACCGGCUUGUCAUCUGCGUUACUGCGGAGUUACUUCAGGAAGUAACGUCCAGUCACUUCUAGUGAUGCGUACUUCUUCUAGCGUGGCAACAUCUUCACACACAAGUGCAAAACGUAGCGUCCCGUCAACUCCAGUGAUGCGUACUUCUCCUAACGUGAUGACAUCUUCACACACAAGUGCUAACUCGUUGAACAUAAAAGCAACGGUUGCUACAGUAAUGCCUGUUGCGUCCAGUACACCAUUUGUGCUACACCUACCCGCUAAUUGCCAACAUGACUGUGUUAACACAUGGGGAAGUUAUUACUGCACUUGCCGUCAAGGAUACAGAUUAGAGGCGGAUGGGAAAACAUGUCAGGAUAUAAACGAAUGCCUAACUCAAAAUGGCGGCUGCACCCACCAGUGUGUGAAUAUCCCAGGAGGUCACUAUUGCAAAUGUCCUGAGGGUGUAACAAUGGGCUUUGAUAACAAGACUUGCCAUGAACCUGGUAUUACAGUGAAAUGUACAGAUGAAGCCAUGUUUAUCUUUCUGGAGAGAAAAACUUUCCAAGGCUUUGAUCCAAAAAAACUGACACUUCUUUACCCGUCAUGCCGCGCGUCCUACAACGAUUCCCACAUUUCCUUGCGUACGAGUCUCAAUGACUGUGGAACCACUCAUAACGAAAGCGAGGACGCGAUAACUUUCUACAACAAAGUGCGAAGUGUCCAGUCCUACUCCGGCAACAUCAUCACUCGGGAGCAAAAUGUGUCAAUUCCUUUCUACUGCAGUUAUGGACGUAAGGCCCUGCUACGAAAUCCAAGUUUCAAAACCUGGAAGAACCAUUUCACAGCUUCGGAAGGUGGAUAUGGCAACUUUACCUUCACUAUGGAUCUAUUCAAGACGGGCAGAUAUCUUACACCGUUCAGCUAUAAUGACUAUCCAAUCACUGUUAAUCUUCGGGAUCAGUUGUUUCUUCAGCUAGCGGUCCAGUCACACCAAUCUAACCUGGUUCUCUUUGUCGACACCUGCAAGGCGACUCCCACUCCUGAUCCGUACUCAGUUCCUCAGUAUGUCUUCUUACAGAGAGGAUGUAAGCUGGAUUCUACCCUCAAUUAUUCGUACUCCAUCAGCUCCAAACAGCGUUUUAGCAUCCAAGCGUUUCGUUUUAUUGAAGACCAUCCAGUAGUGCAUCUUCACUGUGAAGUCCUGGCUUGCCAUCGCAACACUGCCCGGUCUCGCUGCCUCCAGGGAUGCUCCCGCUAUCGAGGACGGAGAGACGAGGUGCCUGGUUCUGAGAGUACUCAAGUGUACGAAAUGUCGUCAGGACCAAUCAAAUACCAGAACGGGGCGAGUGCAACGGACACGACAGAAGCUGAAACUCAAACCAACAUGGAGAUCAUCACAGUAGUGGCGGCAUCCGGCGGAUUUUGCCUCCUUCUUGUUAUCAUUCUCACCAUCGUCGUUAUUCGAAUCAAGAAGCGUCUCAAAGGAGCCUUCGCAGAUCGCAACAAAGUCUACGCCAUGGAACAGUGUGGCAAUCACGUCAAGGAAGACAACAACAACAACUUGGGUUUCGUUCAGGAUGACGAACUGAACGAGAUGGGGUACAAGCCGAUCAUUAUGAAACCGCGUGCUCCUGACGCCGUUACUUCUGAGAGAGCUUGAUACGAAGAAUGGAGUGUUUCCUGAGGGUCUCUCUCAUCUUGGAGGUAUAUUAAGGAUUGGAAUGCUCGUGGGAAAAUGUUAAUUUCACCUCCAAAAAGGGGACUGAUCUGGAUAUAGCUAGUGCAUCAGGUUUUUUUGGCCCUAAAAGAUAUCAAUUAAAAAUCGAAGCAAUCUCAUAGCAAUGUUUUUUCUUAUUGAUUGAGACUACAAAAACAGCGCGACAGGUUUGUUUAAUGCCUUCCGAAGAAAUCUAGAACAGGUACAUCGACAAUUAACUAUCUUAGUGUUUCUGCUGGGAUACUCCCAGUGAUGCAAAAAUCUACACCUUCAUCCUUCCUUAAAUUACGAGCAUUCCAGGUCCUCUCAUCGUGUUGGAGACCCACAGGGAAUACUGAUUGCUUGUUUCCCAUUGGUAAUAUAACUUGCACUUGUGGCUGCUGGUGGGUUACAUUUUUCACUUUUUUCUUUUCCAGUUGUACACACAAUUUAGAUGUUUCUCUCAAAGCUACAAUUCUGCUUUAGAGCAAAAGGCAUGGUGUGUUACAGCCCGAUGUAUUUUUAUUGUGCGUGUGCUUUUCUUAAUCAGACUGAUGGUCAGACGAUGAAAAUAGGGCAGGCAUAAAUGUGUUUGCCACCAUCACUUAGGUAGCUUUUUCGUAGAGUUUUACUACAUGACCCACAGAAAAAAAAGAGCUUUAAAAAUGUAUUGAUGUCGUGUAGUGGAGUUGUGCUAUUACUUGAGGCGAAUAUUAAUCAUCUGAGUGUGCCUCUUUUGUUGUCAUCGCUAAGAUUAUUAACGGGUUUUCUUGAAUAUUUAGCAUAUUGUAUCCGCUUAUAUUACGGGCUGAAAUAAAGAGAGUGCUUAGCUUAA